ACAAGUCACAAUGAAAACCGGACUAGCUCCUGGCUAUAAGCUUAUUUUGGGUUUAUUGCUAGCUUCAAUUGGCAUUGUCUAUGGACAGCUGUUCGCUUUGCAAGGGCCUAACAAGUGCCACGACGUUUGCCCCACAGGAUACCGCGUGGUGUGUGCUCUGCAUGAAGGCUGCCUGCGAACAUUUGCCAGCAGUUGUGUGAUGCGCAUGUAUAACUGCAAAUAUCAGAAGGAUUAUCGAAUAAUAUCUCAAAGAGCCUGCGAGUUCAUAAGCAAUGAAGACCUUCAAAAAUUGGAGCUUUAGCGGCGACUGCGGGAACUACGGCAAGAGGCCACAGCGUCAUUGUCGCUAGAUGGCGCCACCGUGCAGCGCGCAUGCGUUGCAAUAUAUUUUUCAAAGUGGCUGCGGCAUGGCAGCCGCCAGGAUAUACAUAUAUCCUACCACUGCUGUUGCUGCUGUUUUAUGUGUAACUUUCUCUCUGGCUAAACUGUUGUCUCGUCACGCCACAACUACGAAAAGCGUAAAUUUUAAUUUAAUUUAAAAGCGCAACUUUGACCUGUUUUAAACACAUACGUAUACAAUUGUGCUAAUCUUUUUUCGUGAUCUAAAUUUAUACAAAAACACGUUGAACGCGACUAUUCAGUAAAAUAUCCUCUUAUAUUAACAUAAGCACCAUAGCGUAAGGACAAACAAAUAAGUGUACAUAAUACGAAUCGCAGACAACGACAGGAAAACUCACUUUAGGCAGGCAGCAAUAGAGCCUGCAACACCAACACACACACACGCACACACAGCCACACAUAUGUACACACUCACAAUCGAAGACGCUCUGUGAAGGCUCCAAAGAUUUUACAGCCAAUCGCGUGGCGAUUUAAUAACAGCCAAACAAAUUGCGCAUCAAUUAUAACAUAAUAAUGACACUCAUUCAAUUGUUGCGGCUGUAUGAGUGUGGAUGGCCGCUGGCCACAUUUCGAAGCAUACAUUUCAGCCCCAUUGUUGCAGUUUGAACUAUGCAAACAUGUCUGCACACAGUGUCAUGCAUACGUACAUGCAAUAUGCAUGUGUUGGUGGAGUUUAUAUAGGAGCAUUUAUGUAUAUGUGUGUGCAUGUGUGCUCAUGUAUGUACCAAUACACACAUGCCAGCAUGCGAAUAUGUGCAAACAAACAAUGUAUGGGAAUGCGUGUGUGUGUGACUGCCCGUGUCCGUGUGUGUCUAACGUGUAUGUAAAUGUGAGAGUGCGACCCUGCCACUGGAUAACAAUAGCCACACUUCAAUGACCUAGACCUCGACCACGAGAGAUUUAAAUGCCGCCAAGUGGGAGAGUGCACUGCAGUUGGCCUCCCACAAGUUCUAGGUCGUAAUUUAAACUGCGCAAUUCCAAUUAUGUCCAUGUUGGCGCGACAAAGUGCAAAAUUCGAAUUUCAUAUCUCAUAAAUCAUAUAUUCUUUAAGUUAAUGAACCAUAUCA